GGGACUUGUAGUCCUGGCGCCCCGGCCGCGGCUCUGUCGGCUCCGCGCGUGCGCGGAUCCCGCCCGACUUCGGAAAGUCGCUGCCUCGGGUCGGGCCCGGACCGGCUGCCAUCUUGGCCGAGGGUCGGAGGAGCCGCCGCGCCCGAUUCAAGAUCCAGCCCUUAUUAUGGCUGGCACUGGAUCCAAAUCAGGAUCAUCUAGUGGAUUUUCCAUGAAAUCACAGCUUCAAGUCACUGUUAUUUCAGCAAAACUGAAAGAAAAAAAUAAAUGGUUUGGACCUAGCCCUUAUGUGGAAGUCUUGGUAGAUGGACAGUCAAAGAAGACCGAAAAAUGCAACAACACAAGUAGUCCGAAGUGGAAACAGCAUCUUACAGUAAUUGUCACUCCUGUAAGUAAAUUAACCUUUCGAGUCUGGAGCCAUCAAACAUUAAAAUCUGAUGUCCUUCUGGGAAGUGCUGCUCUGGAUAUUCAUGAGACUUUGAAAUCAAACAGUAUGAAACUUGAACAGGUAGUGGUGACAUUGCAUCUUCUUGGUGACAGAGAACCAGCAGAAGUGGUAGGAGAUUUGUCUGUCUGUCUAGAUGGGAUGCAGGUAGAUCCUGAACUCCUAACCAAUGGUGAUGCCUCAAGUACAAGGAGUCCUAUACAGAAUGAUAGCUCCAGAGCAAGGAGUGAUACACGGACCAACUCAAAUGGCCUUGAAAACUCUGAUGAUGCUGCUCCCAAUGAAAACAAGACUGUUAAUGGCAGUGAUUCUCCAUUACUCACAAAUGGAAGCUGUAAACCUUCUAGACCUCCCAGGCCUUCCAGACCACCUCCACCGACUCCGCGCAGGCCUACUUCAGUAGUUGCAAGUGUAAAUGGUCCUUCAUCCACAUCUACAGAAAAUGAUGGGGCCAGUGCAGGAUCACUGGCAGGUCCGGCUGCAAGUACAUCUUCAGAACAGAGCCCUGAGGGGGCAACAGCUGCAACGACAGCUCCUGCAACUGCUGCACUCACCACGCCUCCAGUAUCAAGACAAGUCCAGCCAGGAAAUCCUCCAGCUCAGGCACUUACUACAGUCAGUCAAGGUCCUCUUCCACCUGGUUGGGAGCAAAGAGUAGACCAACAUGGUCGAAUAUACUAUGUAGAUCAUGUUGAAAAGCGAACUACGUGGGAUCGGCCAGAGCCUCUUCCUCCAAGCUGGGAGCGACGAGUUGACAACAUGGGUAGAAUUUACUAUGUUGACCACUUCACCAGAACAACAACAUGGCAGAGACCAACAUUAGAGUCUGUCCGAAAUUAUGAGCAGUGGCAGCUUCAACGCAGUCAGCUUCAAGGAGCCAUGCAGCAAUUUAAUCAGAGAUUUAUAUAUGGGAACCAGGACUUUUCUUCCAUGCAAAGCAAAGAGUUUGAUCCUCUUGGCCCUCUGCCACCUGGAUGGGAAAAGAGAACUGACAGCAAUGGCAGAGUGUAUUUUGUCAAUCACAACACACGCAUCACUCAGUGGGAAGAUCCCAGGAGUCAAGGUCAAUUAAAUGAGAAACCCUUACCUGAAGGCUGGGAAAUGCGAUUUACUGUGGAAGGUAUUCCAUAUUUUGUGGAUCACAACAGAAGAACCACUACAUACAUAGAUCCCCGCACGGGCAAGUCUGCUCUAGACAAUGGGCCCCAGAUAGCUUAUGUACGCGAUUUCAAGGCAAAGGUCCAUUAUUUCCGAUUCUGGUGUCAGCAACUGGCAAUGCCACAACACAUAAAGAUUACAGUGAGCAGAAAAACAUUAUUUGAAGACUCAUUUCAACAGAUAAUGAGCUUCAGUUCUCAGGAUCUACGGAGACGUUUAUGGGUUAUUUUCCCUGGUGAAGAAGGCUUAGAUUAUGGAGGUGUUGCAAGGGAAUGGUUCUUUCUAUUGUCACAUGAAGUUCUGAACCCAAUGUAUUGCCUGUUUGAAUAUGCAGGGAAAGAUAACUACUGCUUACAAAUAAACCCAGCCUCCUAUAUUAACCCAGAUCAUCUGAAAUACUUCCGUUUUAUUGGAAGAUUCAUUGCCAUGGCUUUAUUCCAUGGGAAAUUCAUUGACACUGGUUUCUCUCUGCCGUUCUAUAAGCGUAUCCUAAACAAGCCAGUAGGACUCAAGGAUUUAGAAUCUGUUGACCCAGAGUUUUACAACUCUCUCAUCUGGGUAAAAGAGAAUGAUAUUGAAGAAUGUGGCUUGGAAAUGUUUUUCUCAGUUGAUAAAGAAAUCCUAGGUGAAAUCAAAAGCCAUGAUUUGAAGCCAAAUGGUAGUAACAUUCUAGUGACAGAAGAAAAUAAAGAAGAAUAUAUUAGGCUAGUAGCAGAAUGGCGACUUUCCCGGGGUGUUGAAGAACAGACACAGGCUUUCUUUGAAGGCUUCAAUGAAAUUUUGCCACAACAGUAUUUGCAGUAUUUUGAUGCUAAGGAACUGGAGGUGCUUCUAUGUGGAAUGCAAGAAAUUGAUCUGAAUGACUGGCAGAGGCAUACUAUCUACCGGCAUUAUACCAGGACCAGCAGACAGAUAUUAUGGUUCUGGCAGUUUGUGAAAGAAAUAGAUAAUGAGAAGAGAAUGAGACUCCUGCAGUUUGUUACCGGAACAUGCAGAUUACCAGUGGGAGGAUUUGCUGACCUCAUGGGGAGCAAUGGACCCCAAAAAUUUUGUAUUGAAAAAGUUGGAAAGGAAAACUGGUUACCUAGAAGUCAUACCUGUUUCAAUCGCUUAGACCUUCCACCCUAUAAGAAUUAUGAGCAGUUGAAGGAAAAGCUGUUGUUUGCAAUUGAAGAAACAGAAGGAUUUGGGCAGGAAUAGCUAAGAUUUGCACCUUGAAGAACGUGAACUUGAUGUAUGUUCUUCACUUCUUCUGCUUGUUGCACACUUCAUUGUAAAGUAGACUUGACUUGGAUUUAUUUAAUGAUACUAGUGUAUAAGUAAAUGGGUGUUAUCCUGAGGUUUUAUCCAUGUUAACUCUGGAUUUCUGCUGAGCACUUUCAGAGAUCAAAAGAGCAAUGAGAUACAGCUACAAAUUAAUUACGACCUAAGUAGAAAUUUAAUACAGCUUUGGGCGCUCAUUCAUUCCUUAGAAUGUGUCCUUAAUGACUGACAGAUUUUUUUAAAAUAGUUUUGUCUUUCCUUUUUAGUAGCAUAUUUUGCUACUGAUGCACUGGGAAGUUCAUUGGUAGCUGCAAUGCUGCAGCAGCAUCGUAACCUCUUUACAGCAAUGUUACCAGAGCCAACUCUUAACCAUCCUCUGCCUACUGUGAGCAAAUUUAUUGCUUAAGCUCUUUUUUGUAACUCAAGUGGCUGGACUGUUUUUUUCCCUGCCUGGAGUCUGCUCACAUGCCAGUUGGACUCAGACUGCUGUUAAGGGAAUUUCAAACUGUGGCACAGAUCUGAGGCAUAGCUUUGCUUUUUUUUUUUUGUUUGUUUGUUUGUUUGUUCACAAUCCUGCUAAUUUCAGCAAAAUAGUUGCCUGCCCAAAGUUGCUGUAAUGUUUUUGUGUGCCCUCAGAAGAAUUCUGACUUUUUUCUGUGUAAAACAACUAACUUUUAAAACUGUAUUAACACUGUGGUACUUCACUUGUUUUGCAAAAGACAAGACCACCUGGGAUUGCACUGAUUCCAUUUAGAUUCCUGUUUGCAGACUAAUAUUUCUUGUCAAAAGUGUUAAUGGACAUUAUACUCAGUGUUAUUCUUACAUGUUGCAAGCAUUUUUCUCUGAAGACUUCAUUGGGUUCUCGGGAAGAGGUACAAAGGAACUGGAUUUAAAGAAUGAUAAUACCUAUCAUUUUUGGUGAUGAACUAAUGCAAUAUUGGCUAAGACUAAGAGGACUAGAAAGUUCAUAUGUGGAUUACAGAUUUUUGAAAAGUUGGAGCAUCAGAAAACAAUUCAAUUAGAAUUGAAGUUUCUGGGGGAGGUUUUUAAGCUAGGUCACCCUAAGAUGCUUACAUAGCUAGUAGCUUUUGUAGCAAGUUCUUACUGGAUUAAUAAUAUAUUUUUCUUCCUUUUAGAAUCUGUCAAUGUUCAAUUCUCUUCUGGUUUACAAAAACAUUUUACUGCUCCUUUAGACUGAAUGCACUUUUUGGGUAUGGUUGGCUCUUUCCUUAUCUGAAGUGAGGAAAGCAAACUUCAGUGAGACAAGCUGUUAGCCAUAGUAAGAAACAUGACACUCGAAAUACCAUGUAGCACAAGUUAAAGCAUAACCGUAGCUCAAAGCGUUGGGACAGCAGCUGUUUUUAAGAUGCUUCUAUAUACUGGAGCUGAAACAGGGCAAUGGGGAACAGUAAAAUUGAACUUCCAGUCUCAGAAAGAGUAUUUCUUCCCUGCUGUCCCUUCUGUAUAAACUACAAGAUGGAAAAAAUGAUUCAGGCGUAAGAAAACCUAAGAUACUACUGACUCAAGAUUUUCAGGUCAAAGUGAUACAACCUGCUUGGAAAGCAGAAUUAGACCUUAGAGUGAAUUUUGUUAUGCAUAUUCUAACAAAAGCAACAGAAAAGAGUUUCUGAUGGUACAGGAAUCACCCACUUUUACGUUUUCACUGAUGGAGAGAACUAACCUGGCUCUGUGGUUUUACUAGCAGGAAAAUCUGCCAACUUCAAAACAUUUGAUGGAUAUUUUACAGCAUACAGCUCAUAAGGAGAAAAAAGCCUUAUAAAUAUUCUGUUUAUGUUAAUUCUUACAGUGAAAUCUAGUUAUCUAACGUAUUUACAAGAGAGAUUAAAUUAAGCAAGAUAAUACAAGAUUAAGCUAUGAAAAAUAGUUUUUGUUCUGCAUAACACUUCAUGAUUUGUGUAGGAAACCUAGAAAUGCUGUUAAUGUAUAAAUAUCACCCAAAAGGCUUUCAGCCCUAUAUUUUUAAAAUAAAGAAUAGUUAUAAUUGAAAUAGCCUUAGCCCUAGUUCUAUAGGGUAUGGCUGUUUAAUAUUUUUAUGGUUGAAAUGUUUAGUUCAGGAAAAAGGUAAAUGCUUGUAUAUAUUUUUGCAGUCCAGGAUUCCACUUGCUCCAUUUUUCUUUCUUUAAUUUAAAUGGCAUGUUUAUAUGUCUUUUCUGCUGUAUUAGGGAGGGGGGAAAGGGGGCUGGAUAUCCCAAGCACCAGAAAUUAUUUUAAAAUACUGCAAAGAAAGAAUCAGCUGGUGAAAAAAAAAAAUAUCUGUGAAACAUUGGAUUUAGCCAAAGUUUAAAGUAAGUCUACUACUGUGUUUAAUUGGCAGUAUUUCUGAAGCUGGAAGUAGAGACUACUUAGACAUUUUUAUUUGUAAGCAUUGUAAAUGCUAACAAGUCUGUUAAUUUUUUUUUCACAGCAUGUUGUGUAGAAAUAAAAAGCUGUUAAUAUGAACUGCUGGUGCACUUCUCUGUUUUUUAUGGGAAUUUGGUGGAAACAUGUGGAUAAGCCCACAGUGUCUGGUAUCCCAGAUAAUGGAUGAUUAUAAAUUGGACUUUCAGCAGAGAUUAAUGAAUUUGUCUCUCAUUACUCCAACUGCUUGAGCAGCCUGAGCUGCAUAAAUUCAUAGUAUAUAACAAAUGUAUAUUCAUAUGCAACUGCCAAUUGAUCCCAAUUAUGAAGUAUUAAAACAGCUUCCGUUUACAAUUUUGCCUUAUAAUAAUGAUAUGAGAAAGGUAAUUAAAUGCUGACUGGCUGAUCUAAAAAUUAACAAAGCCUCAUUGUUCUGGGUAGCUCAAGAAAUGUUAGUAUACUGAAGUACACAGUAGAUGUGUCAUGUCUUCAUCUGACCUAGUAUGGAAGAUUAUUUUUUAAUCUGUUUGCUUGUGGUUUUUUUUGUUUUUUUCCGUUUUGUUUUAAAUAAAUUACUCAAAGUAAAACAAAAAAAAAGCCUAAAUUUUUGGUUUGCGCUUCUAUUACAUGCUGCACUGAAUUUGCAAUCUCAGCUCAUUGUUGUCUUGGCAUCUCCAGCCUCCUUUUUUUGUGGUGUCUUUUAAUUUUCUCCAAAAAUCAUUGUUUGUGUAUAUGUGCUCUAGUGAACUAGUAAAUAAACUGGAAUCAGCAGCACUGGAUUGUAAAAUACUGUACUGAAAGUCAUUGUUGAAAUUUCCUUGCAUUGUAAUUUCAAAUACUCAGGUAACUGUAACAGUAUCUCAGUAAGUCAAAUACUUUUAUAAACUACUUAAAAGAG